UACAGACAACAAGAAGCGAUUAUUGACUUACCACUUAGGGUUCCUGAGCGGUUGAAGUUCAAGCCCGUCCGCGAUACUUAAAUUUGGCGCUGGAAAUGGUGAAUCAGUUGGACCAACGUUCACCACUAAUCACUAUUUCCAAUAUUAACGAAUGUUUGUAAUAUACGAGUCUAACUAUGCCGGACACCAUACAAAACGCUUGUAUUAUUAUGUUCUUGAUGUCAAUAUAUUCAUUUACACUGCUAAAUGUACCCGAAGAAUAUCGUCGAUUCUAACCUCUAUGUGCCACUGGCACCGGAAAGGAGCUGGGAAGAGACUUCGGUGAAACCGGAGGUGUAUCUUACAACUGUCAUUAGAAUAUCAAUCAUGUUAGCGUAAAUACUUAAAUUUCGCAACUCAACCAUCAGAAAAUUCUGUAUCAGUGAUAAAAAGUAAAAAUUUGAACAGUACAGGUGGAUGACAUUUAUAAAACACGUGCAUCAACACUUCUAACCUCAUCUUCAGAAAUUUUGCAGACGGACGACAACCGACGAGCACAUUCUGACCCUGACACCUCUUUCGUGAGAUUACUUGUGAAGGUUAUUACCGUCAAUGUGAAACUAAAGUAAAUAUGGACGCCAAGGAAAUUAAAGCUGCCCUUAAAGAAGCAAGAGAAAAUAUUAAAAAUAAAGAUUUCAAAAGCGCUCUCAAACUUUGUAAGAAUGUAUUGAAAGCUGACAGGAACAAUUAUGUGGGAUUAGUUUUGUUUGGAGUUACAUUGCAAGAAACUGACCAGAAAGAUCAAGCCCCAAAUGCAUUUAAAAAGGCUAUAGACGUGUCACCUAAACAAAUUCUUGCUUGGCAGGGAUUAGCUUCAUUUUAUGAGAAAGAAAAAAAUGAAAGUAAUUUAAAAGAAUUACUGAAAGUUUACAUACAGUUGUUAUCUUUGGAGACUGAUCUGAAUAAAUUUAGUGAUAUUUGCUCCAAACUUGUACCAGUAUGUGCAGAUGUAAAAGAAUAUGAAACAUGUGUUAAUGCUUUAGAACAACAAGAAUUAUCAUCCAGUAAAGAACAAAAACAUGUCAUAUGGAAGACAAUAGUCUCUCUCUUAGACCAGAAUAAAAAUUUAUCACCAGAAUAUACUGGAUCUUUGGAAUCAGCUUUAGAAAAAAUUACUAAUGAUGGUUCAUUAGAGGACACUGAAGAAUAUUUUAAAAAGUAUUUGAAAUUACUUUACAAACAGAAGAAACUUCUUGAUUUAGUUGAAAAGUCUAAAGAUAUGCAUAAUCUGUAUCCUAAGUCUGAAUACCCAUUAGAAUGGAUUUGUCGAGCUUAUAGUGAACAGUUGACUAUGUCCAAAGCUGCAAAUGGUUUAGAUGUAAAUAUUGAUGAAUAUUAUGAAAAGUUAAGUCAACUCAACCCAAAUUCUAGUAUGGUUAUUCUAGCAAAAGGUGCCAAAUUAUACGUAGAUGGUUCAUAUUUGGAGGCAAUAGAUUUGUUAAAGCAAGUUUUAAGUGUGAUGCCUACCUCAUAUUACAUAUGGGCACUGUUGUGCCAGUGUUAUUCGAGCAUUUACUGCUAUGUGGAUUCUGAACAUUGUGCUUCUGAAGCCUUAAGGUUAAUGGACAAUCAAAACAUUUCAAAUAGUUCUCUGCAUUCAGUUGUGAACAUAGUACUCAUUAGAUCUCUUAGUUACCAAUCUGAUCCAUCAAAAUUAUUGCGAGCUGUAGAUAAAGCCAAAGAGUUUUUGCUGGUUGAACAUGGCAAUUUGGAAGUAGUUUCUUACCUUGCCAGAGCAUACAUUGCUUCAGGUGAUUUAGAUUCAGCUGAGAAGUGUAUUUUGGUAUUAGAAGAACAAGAGAGUUUUGAAGCCAUGUUACUGAAUGCUUUGAAAUUGAAGAAAGAUGGAAUGAUAUACAGAGCUCUCGACACCCUUAAAAAUGCAGUCUCAAUUUUCCCAAAUGCAUCAGAGCUAUGGUUGGAAAUUGGAAAAAUUCACUGGGAAGAACAAAAACCUGAUGCUGCACUAGCUUCCUUCCUUAAGGCUGCUCGAUUAGAUCCCAACAAUUACGAAAAUUUUGUGUACUUGGGUAAAUGCUACAGUCUUGGGGCUCGAGACGUAGACAAAGCUCGGAGAUGCUAUCAAAAAGCUUUUCAAUUAAACCAGCGAAGCGAAGAAGCUGGUGCUGGAUUGAGUGACAUUUAUAGAAGUCAGAAAUACGUGGAUUUAAAUAUUCAGCUUCUGACGUAUGUAACUCAGCAAGCAGGUCCUGGUGGAAGCAAAUGGGCAUGGUUGAGACUAGGACUUUAUCAUCAAGACAAGGGAAAUCAUCAAGAAGCUGUUGACAGUUUACGAUGUGCCGUCCGAUGUGAUCCUAGCGAUAGUCAUUGUUGGGAGAGUUUAGCUGAUGCAUAUUAUGCAAGAGGAUCGUACACUUCAGCCCUGAAAUCAUACCAACGUGUAGCAGAACUGAACCCUGAAGCAUUAUAUCCUGCAUAUCAAGUAGCAUCAAUUAAACAGCUUAUAGGAAUGUUCGAGGAGUCAGUAGCUGAAUAUAAAACAGUGGUGUCAGCUAAUCCAAAAUAUGUCCCAGCACUGAAAGGCUUAGGAGAAACAUGUCUUCUUGUGGCAAAGUCACACCUAAGAAGGCAAAUGCGAGGCCUGUGUCGGGAUAUGUGUCAAGAAGCUGUGGAUGCUCUUACAGUGGCUGCUGAAGAAUACCGCAAUCUUUCUUGUUUAUGGAAACUGUUGGGAGAUGUUUGCACAUUAAUGGCAGAAUUACCUGAAUCGGAAGCUUUUCUUUACGUUAAAGGAUGGCUAACUGUAUCAUCACCUCAAGGUGAAAGCAAUGACCAGGAUGUGAGUAUGCUGCUACAGAAGGAGCAAGUUCUACAACUGGGUGCAAGGUGUUACUGCCGCUCACUGACAAUUUCAACAAAUAGCAGUUUGCUGUGGCAAGACUUGGCAGUUAAUUACAAUUGUCAGGCAAAUUACGCAUCUUCCCCAUUCACCAAAAAACAACUGCGAGAGUGGGCUCUGAUGGCAGCGAAACAGUGUGUUCUCUAUGGUAGUAAAAGCUCACAGCACUGGAACAUGUUGGGAGUGGUUGCUGCUUCACCUGAAAUCAACAACUUGAAGUUAGCUCAGCAUGCAUUUAUUAAGUCAAUUCAAAUAGAAAAAAACCAUAAUGCCCCAGCAUGGACAAAUUUAGGAACUAUUUAUUUCAAACUAAAGGAAAUAAAGAUGGCAAAUGAUGCCUUCAGAGCAGCCCAAAGAACUGAUCCAACUUACAUUCAAGGUUGGCUUGGCCAGGCAAUGUUGGCUGAAUCUGUUAAUCACGAGGACACAAUGGAUUUGUUUCGACACACAACAUCCCUUGCUGUUCAUUCUGAGAGUUGCUUGGGGUAUGCCCAAUGGGUUUGUUCCACAUUGUUGUAUACUGCGAACAAAACUGAUCCUCAAUAUAUCUAUAGCAUUGAAGACAUGCAUGCUGUUCCAACAGCUGGAGAUUGUAUGACAUGGUACACAGGUUCCAUUCCAACAAAUGCCUGUGCUUUCAAUAUGAUGGGAUUGCUUAUGGAGAGACAAAAACUAUACAAUACAGCUGCCCAGGCAUUUGCAAAAUCUUUGAAAGCAUUGGAAAAUGAGAAAGGAAACAAAGUUUCUGAAUUGGAAGACAAAGUACGCUGCAAUUAUGCACGAGUAUUAGUACUAUUACAACGCUACGAUGAAGCCAUACAGCAGUACCUGGAAAUUAAGGAAGCUUCUUUAGUCUCUCAAUGUGGACUAGCUCUAGCUUAUUUUAAAGUUGGUGAAUUUAAAAAGACUGAAAAGUAUGAAGACUCUUAUACAGCAUAUGAGACUAUAUUACAUUGGUUAGCCCCUGAUGAUGGACUAAAAUCACAUGUUGUACAACUGAAACCUCCUUCAGUACAAGGCCUAUUUGCUUCAUGUUCUUUGGGUAUUAUUCACGGAGACUUGCAUCUGUCAGAAAUGGUUCUUAAGGAAUUAAUACCCUACCAGAAUGAUUCUGAUUAUGUAACCCACAUAGCAGUAUUUAAAGCUUAUAUUCAUUAUUUACAGAAUCGAUCCAAAGAAGCUGUUCGAUGCCUCAGCAGCCCUACUCAUACCUAUCCUGGACAAGCCUCUCUCUGGUUAGCUUUAGCUUUGUUAUUGCUUAACAUGUACCCAAAAUGUCCCAAUCCAUCAUCAGCAGCAGUUUGUGCUCAAGUAGCACUGUACUUGGGUCGCAGUAAUAUGGAUGUAUCAAAGGUUAUGUCCUUGGUUAGCUUGGGCCAUUUGUUUUCUGAAAAAGCUAUACCAAGUCUAAGAAGUUCUCAGAAAGCUGUGCAUAUGUUCCCACAUAUUCCUGAGAAUUGGGUGGUUGUGAUUGCUUCAUACUUGCCAUGGUGUAUUUAUUACCGAUCAUCAUCAGAUGCGUUGUGGCUGAAGCAACUCAUCGGCCAUGUUCGUAGGAAGAUGGAUGCAACUCGACAAAUGGGGAAAUGGCUGAGUCGUUACGAGCACAAAGUAACAUUGUUAUCUGAAGAAUUCAUGAAUGAACGCACUUACAUGGUUUUUGCUCUGAAUGCUUGA